UCCCAGCCUCAGAUCAGUCCGCCGGAAGCGGAAGUCGGAUGGUUGUCGGAUUCUAGCGGAAGGGGCUCCCUUACGUUGGAGGGCUGGAGUGGUCUGGAGUUCCACGGCGUAGUUGGGUAGCGACCACCUCUUCUGUGGCCUCUUAGUGUCUCGCGGGCGGGAUUCAGCCCGAGCUGGAUAGAGACAGCCCUUCGCGGAAUUUCAGAAUGACUGACACUGCCGAAGCUGUUCCAAACUUUGAAGAGAUGUUUGCUAGUAGAUUCACAGAAGAUGACAAGGAAUAUCAGGAAUAUCUAAAACGCCCUCCUGAGUCCCCUCCAAUUGUUGAGGAAUGGAAUAGCAGAGCUGGUGGGAACCAAAGAAACAGAGGCAACCGAUUGCAAGAUAACAGACAGUUCAGAGGCAGGGACAGCAGAUGGGGGUGGCCAAGUGACAAUCGAUCCAAUCAGUGGCAUGGACGAUCCUGGGGUAACAAUUACCCGCAACACAGACAAGAACCUUACUAUCCCCACCAAUAUGGACAUUAUGGUUACAACCAGCGGCCUCCUUACGGUUACUACUGAUAGAAAUGUUGGCAGCUUUUAGUAAAAGCAUUUACUCUGUUACCAUGACAAAAGUUUGGGUGACUUCUGUUGGUCAUAGUUAUACAUCUGAUUUUAGAGAACGGAUUAUUUUUUGGAAGUUGAGACUUAAAAAAAAAGAUCUUAACUUGCGGGAUGCGAUGGUUGCUGGUAAUACCUGAAAUUGUGGAUUAUAUUGCUUGACUUCUACCUCAGAGUCUUCCUUGUUUCACGAUGUAAUAGUGCUUUGGGUUUGGUAUAUUUUCUUAUUUGACCUCUAGGAGACCUUCGUUUUACACAGAAAUAAAAAUUUUAAAAUAGAAAAUGCUUGCUUUUACUUUGUAAGGUAAGACAGUAUCCAUAUACUUAGAUUUGCUCGUUUCUAAAAUUCUAGAAGUUAAUACAAUCAGCUCAUGAAUGCACAGCUAUGCUUCUUGUCAAAGAUUGUACAUAACAUCAGCAGUUGAAAGAUAAAACAAUUCCUUUUUUUUUUUUUGCUUUUGUUACGUGACUGUGGUACUUUGUGAUUCCUUACUCUAUAGAUAAUGAGUCAGCUCCACAGUUAUUUGGGUCUCUUUAGAGGGAAAUCAGUAAUAAAGCUGUAAAAUAAGGAAGGAAUCAUUGUCAGUUUGUGUCUUGAUCUGGUGGUGGUUGGGAUUAGGGUAUCAUCGUUUUAUAUACCCACUAAGGCUUUUCGCUAACAACAUAGCAGGUCAAAAUUCACACAUACAAAAGUUUAACUCUGUGAUGUUCAAACUUUCCUUUUUAAUCCUGUAAAUAAUGCUGCAUUUUGAUUGUUCUUUCUUUUUUGGUAUUUAAUGUGGGCUGAUUUUACAAUGUUAUAUUCACUUCCAGAUGCAUACCUCUGCUGCUUUCUCUUCUAUAAAUAGUGAUGCUACAAACUUCGUUUCACAGAGAUAAUUCUAUUUCAAAUCGUUUUAAUGGUUAUUACAGCAAUGGUUUCAUUCAAAUAAAUUUUAAAAAAAAAUUUAAGUGUCUUCACUCCCAAGUUCUAGCAGUUAGCCUAUUUAUUAAUAUGGUGAAAUGAGAUUUUUUGGUUUUUUUAUUAUGCUGUUUUUCAUAUCUGUUGAAAAGGGCUUAUUUGGUUUAAGAGUAACAUUAAGAGUGCAAGUUUCAACAUAGGUCAAAGGAAUUAACAGGCACCUCCCUGACUUUAUUAGAGCGACCAAAAAAA